CCGACAUAUUUUACAACUUGAAGAUGUGAGCCAUAAUGUAAAUGUCCUCCCACUAUAGAAAAAUAGCUUCUCGUUCUUAUUUUCAAAGUCAUCGGAAAAACAUUACGUGGGCCAUUCAAUCACGCCAACAGGGAUUCGAAAGUUGUGUCAACAGGUCAAAGAAAAUGUCUGAAACCGAACAGAAAGCCGCCACCACUUUGAAGCGAAAAACUUCGCCGGUGUUAGACACGGAACAGGCCGCGCCGCCUCUGAAAACGAAAGAUGAAGAUGCUGACGGGGCCGAACUAUCACUGAAGAUGCAAGAUGGAAAGGUACAAAUUGAACUGUUGGACUGUGUAGAAAUUUUCUUAAUCGUUGCUGGCAUUGAAAAAGUUGCGACGGAACAAUAGAAAAUUAUUACAGUUGCUUCUCAUAGAGGAGUUGCAUGCUGAAAGUAUUUUUGUAUGACAGUGAGCUCGAUUCAUCGUAGCAAAUGAUUAAACACUACAGAUGGAGAAACCACCAAAGUCACCUCCGACGGCCGCAGCGCCAGACUCCGAGGCGAUGACCGCGAUGACGGAGUCGGUGGAGAUGAUCCGCGACCUUCUGGAGCCGGCCACGCCGGAGGAGUCGGCUGAUGUUGUUGACGACGAUGCCCGAAAAACUCCCACCACCGGCGUCGAGUCGACGCUCCGACUGAACGAUCCGGAUUUUGAGUUGUACUCACCGGUCGCGAAGCGACCCCGUUGCGACAGCACGGAGUAGAUGGCUACUGUGAAUGUAAACAAUGCUUCGAAAGUCAUGCGUACGUAGGUACGAAUGCGAGACUCGGACGACCGUCGUCGUUCGGUGAAUGUGUAUGAAAUGAACAUGCUGGCGGCACACAAUAUACUGAACUUUCAUCGACCUGAUUUUUUUGAUCUGC